AAAAGUGUUCCGAUUCCACAGCAUUGGGAGAAUGAUCAUUGAAGGACGCAGCGACGUAGGAGGACUCGAAAAUUCUCGGAUCGAAAUGGCCGCCGUCGAAGCGAGCCAUCAGCGACCCCUCAGCCUCGUCUCUCUCAUCUCCGCCUGCUUCCUCGUCGCGUCCUCCUGUGCUUCUCUGCGUCCCGACGCGCGUCUCCUCGGCGUUCACCCAUUGGACGAGAAAUUUUAUGCAGCAGAGGUUAUCAAAUGCAGGGACGGCUCCAAAUCCUUCACGAAAGACCAUCUGAACGACGAUUUUUGUGACUGCUUUGAUGGAACGGACGAGCCAGGAACUUCGGCUUGUCCAGCAGCAAAAUUUUAUUGCAGAAACGUGGGUAGUACACCUAAGUUCAUAUACUCUUCUCAAGUAAAUGAUUAUUUUUGUGAUUGCUGUGAUGGAAGUGAUGAGUAUGAUGGUAGGCUCAAAUGUCCCAAUAUAUGCAUAAUGGGAGGAAAUGUUGAGUAUAAAGCUGAAAACUAUGCAACAACAACAACCAUUUUGGGCAUUGACAAUAAAGAACCCAAGAAUGGAAUGACCUUAGAUGAAUUAAUCCAAAAGCUCAAAGGAUUGAAGAUUGUGAUUGUAGUUCAGGUGCUUCUUAUCAGUUGUCUGUUGAUUUUCCAACUUUUACGUCGGCGCAACAAACAAAGAAGGAAACGUACUCGUCGAUUUAGUUCGCUAUGUGGCCAUUAAUGACAUCCAGGUUUUCUCUUUGACCAUAUUUAUGUGGAUUCCUGGGGUGGCAUUUGUGUCUAAAUUAUGACUUUGCUGAACUGCCAAACCUCACCUGGGCCGAUACGCAAGUUGGACGCAAGUUCUGUAGUACCCGACAUCAUACUGGUCAUUGGUUCAAUGACAGAAGAGUGCAGGGAAGGUUUUUGUAUGUUUAGAUGUUUUAUAUACAAACUCCUUGCUGACAUGGUGGCCAUGAUGUGAAAUUGACAUAACUAGUUCUAAGUAGACAGGACUACAAGGUGAGGAAAAUCACAUGGAAAACUUCUUAGUUUUACAUCUAAUAAUCCGGCGAGGUGAUAGGGCUCAAAUGUGAGGAUGGCUUAGUUGUUCAGUCAGUAAUGAAGACAUUCCUGUUAUCAUCCUAAUGUUCGAAAGCUUGG